AACAGUAUCGUUUUUGCUGUGGCACAGAGAAAGUGCAUAGAAAAUAGCCUCUUUUGUGUAUUUGAUUAACUACAGAAAGAUCUGUGUUUCUGUUUGCACUCUUUUGUUAUGGAAAUCAUUGGUGUUGUCAACAGUUUGACAGCAUUUUUAAAUUUUCAACAGCACGCCUAAUAAAAUUUUCAUCGUAGUUGUAUCUCUUUGAAAUAAAUCAACCUGACCUUUGCUUACUAGAUAAUUUUAACUUAUAAAAGCUCAGCUGUUAGGUUUGCAGAAUUAUGUAAAAACUUGUAAGAAGUGGUUCUCGCAUACGUAAUCAACCAAAAGAUUUUAGUUCAAGAUUUUAAUUAUUACGAAUUAUCGCUUAUCAUAGAGAGAUGGACAUGGCUGUAUAUGAUUCACAUAGCCUUGCCUUGAAUAUUAUAACUGGGCGUGCAUUGUGUUAGGUAUUGCUUGUCUGUUGAUUUGAAGACACAAUGUCAACGGAAGAUUUGUUAAUAAAUGAAAACCAAGUCGAUCAAAGUGGUUCGACACCCAUUGAAGAAAAGGAAUCUCCAAAUAAAGAAAAGGGUGAAGAUCAAAACAUUCAAAAUGAUUCAACACCUGUUGAAGAUGGAGAAAACCAAAAUAAAGAUAAUGAAGAAAUCCAAAGUAUAGAAAGUGAUACAGAUUUAAUCAACGCCACUAAAGAUAUGAUUGAUAUUGAAAAAACUAAAAAAUUUGACACUAAAUCUACAGAAGAUAAUAUCAAUCUAUGUUCUGAAGAUAACAGUGAACAAAUGGACCAAAGUGAUGAAGAUAUUGAUAUGAUAGACGAUUAUACACCAAGCCCUAGUCAAAUAGGCAAACGAUCAAAUUCUAAAGAAAAUGAAGUUUCAUCUGAUGAAGAAGACCUGCUGGACAACAACCAGGAUAAAAUUGUGAUCAGUGAUGAUGGUGAAAGCAGUCGCAAUAAUUCAUUGUCUGAGAUUGAUUUAAUAGAAAGGAAGAAGAGGAAGAGGAGAAUGCACCAUUUGCUGCUAGACAUUGAUAAUGGACAGGCCAUGAAGAAAAGAAGAAGGAAGAAAGAUUAUUUGGAAUAUGAGCCGCCGAAAUUGCAAGGAAAAACUGAUAUAUUUUGCUGGCGGUGCCACAAACCAGGACCUCACCUAGCGUCGUGCUUGCACUGCACGAAAGUCUACCAUCUGAAGUGUGCCCAAAUAGAAGGAGAUCCAAAGCCCCAGUGGGUCUGCCCUGAGUGUGAACAGAUUAGAAGAGCAGAAUGUGAUGAAGAAAAAUCCAAGCCAGGUUACAUAAAUCCUGAAACACUACGAAACCUGUUGUUCUUUGCCAUUAAAAGGAUGCUCACAUUGGAAGGGGCUGAACACUUUAUCCAACCGGUUGAUGUUAGUGCUUACGAAGAUUAUUGUGAUUUUGUUCUCGUUCCCAUGGACCUAACUUUGUUGAAGAAAAGGGUACGGGAUGGAAUGUACAAGUCGACGGAAAGCUUUUUGGUUGAUGUUAAAUUUUUACUUCACAACAGUUACAUUUACAAUUCAGCACUAUCUGAAUUGACACUGGUUGCAAGACAGUUGGUAAAGAUUGCAAAACAAGAAUGUGAAGAGAUGCAUAACUGCAGUGACUGUUACAGGCAUGCAAAUACGAUUAAGGAUAAAUGGUUUAUAGAGCCUUGUGCAAAGCCACAUUUAUUGGUAUGGGCAAGGCUAAAAGGCUAUCCGUACUGGCCUGGAAAAGUUAUGAAAGUGCAUGGACCGGAAGUAGAUGUUAGAUUUUUUGGUGAUCACAACAGAUCCAUGGUCCCGCUGGCGAAUAUUUUUUUGUUUAGCAAACGUCCACCUUACCGCAUACCAGUGCGACAUACACAAAGCUUCGAAGAGGGAAAGGAAGAAGUUCAAGAGCAUAUUGAGAAACUUAUUAACAUCUAUGGAAAUUUUGAAUAUGCCCCAGCCAAAGUGCAGUAUGAUCCGAAAAUGGAGUAUGGCCAGCUCAAAAUGAUGAUUCCUAGUUAUGGAAGGAAGAAAGGGGAAAACAAAACCACAUCUUCUGUCGAGGUUACUGAACAAAAGAGUAUAGAGACUAGGAUGCCAAUGACUAAAAUCCAAGUUUUAACUAAAAACAAUGGCGCCCCAUCAGAUAUAAAAGUUGGAAAUAAUGUCAAAACGAUAAUUUCAGUCGAUAAGAGGACAUUCGCUCAUCAGACCACAAUCAUAGCCGGUAAUAACAAAAAUACAAUGAGGAAUGAUUCUGACAAAAAAUCAGGAUUGAAAAUAUCCCCCAAAAAUGCAAAGUCCCUUCAGUCGCCUGGCCAGAGGUUGAUAUUCUCACCGAAGCAUGUCAAGAUCAACAAUGCAGCACCAGAUAACUCAACGUACUUUUCUAACGGAAAAGGCAAAUUUGAUUUGAGCGAAAACUCGGUUGUAAUGAAUCUGAAGAAAAAGCUGAUGCUUUCACCCGAUGGACAACAUUCCGAUGAUGACAGCUUCAUGCAAGGAAGCAAGUCUGAGAAAAGCGUUCAUUUCUAUCCAAAGCUGGUUUUAAUGAAAAAACAAGAGCAAUCGUCUGAAAAGAAAUUUUUGUCUGACCAAUUGCUAUGUCCGACCAUAUCAACAUCAGACGAUUUGUCUGUUAAAGAAUUUAACUCAGUCUUAAAAUCUGCAUAUUUAAAAAGAGUGAGUGAUAUUAAAGAUUUUGAAAACAAGCAUUCAGAAGGUAAGAGUAUAUUAAUUAAACAGAUGUAUGUAAAACCCAAUAAUUUAGUUCAUAACAAAAAGGAUAAUGGAAAAGAAAUUGAUAAAAAUAGAUCUGAUGUACUUCAAUGUAAUACCGGCAGUAAAUUAGUAGGCUGUGAUCUGCCUAUGAAACAACCAGUCAUACUGUUACAUAAACUAGAUGAAAAGAUAUUAAAUAAAAAUUCCAUUAGGGUCGAAGAGGAAAAUGUUUCCGAUACAAAUUCUUCCAACAAAACAAAUAAUUUUAAUUCUAUCAAUAGCGAGAUCACUAAUUUUUCUUUCUCAUCUUCUGAUGAAUAUCCUGAUUCUUCUGCAAUUAUUUCUUCAUCAGAAAUAAAUGGCAUUAAAGUUGAUGGUGAAGGAAAGGUUAAAGAGACGUCAAUCGAUGAAAUAUAUGACAGCGGAGAUUCAGCUACGGUCGAUCGUGACGAGUCACAUCCUCCUCCACCAAAUCUUAUAGAAAUUGACAAUCCAGAAAGUGAAAUUGGCCUCUGCAGUCUGUUGACGCCGAACGAAAUAUGUGCCGUCAGACAGAAACCAAUAAAAGCUGCACAAUCAUCAGAAGAGGAGACGCAAAAUGAAAACAAUGAAUGUAAUAAAAGGCGAAAACAAUCUUCACCUUCUUCAAAGGACCAAAGCCAAUCUAUUAAGAUUCGUGUUAGAAAGGAUUUAAUGAGAAAUGAUUUAUUAAUGGAUGUCUCAAGUGAUGGAGGAGAAGAAAGGGAAAAUCCAGAACCAGAGGAUAUAGUAAAUUCAAAAAACCCAACUGACUUAAAAGAAAAAUUGGUAAAAAAAGAUGAUCUUUUAAAGAUUUCAAUUCAUGAUGUAUUUGCUGCUAUGGAAAAGGGUGAAACGAAGGAGGAAGUUUUAGAGAUUGCCAAGAAGGAAUUAGAAUCACUAGAAAAAUAUUAUGAAUCUCAAUUAAUCUACGUCACAAACAAUUGUGCCUCAAGGAUCGAAGAGAUCGAUCAGAUUUUUGAAGCCGAAAGGACGAAGAUAAGAGUCAAGACACGGUUGGAAUGCCAGGAGGAGAAAAAACAUCUUAUCGACGAAAUCAAAAGGAAGCAGUGGUGCGUUUUCUGCCUGAAUGUUGCAAAAUUCCACUGCUGUUGGAACACAUCGUACUGUAGCGAGAAAUGCCAAUUGGCGGACUGGCCCGUUCAUUCAAAAACAUGUACGCAGUAUAAAAUGCGUGCUAAUGACAUUGAUUUGCGCCUGAAUCCAAAACACAAAGCUUUCCUGACGCGCUACAGAUCUAACAAUAAAAUAUUAGUUCAGGACGUCAUAGAUGGGCACAAAAGAUUAAAUGCUGUUGUUAAUAAACCUAAAGUGGCUAAUUCCCUGUCUUCACUAAAUGUUAAAAUCGGCUCUCAAGUACAGAAUGCUAUAAGUCCAGUCGGUACUCAAGGUCAAAAGGAAGCAAAUUCAGUUGGUGUUCAUAUUCAGAAUGCAGGUCAGAAGGAAGCAAGUUCAGUCGGUGUUUCUAUUCAGAAUGCAGGUCAAAAGGCUACCAAGGAUAACAUUUUUAUUAAACUAAUUCCUGAGUCUGUGAACAAUGGGCAGAGCCAGAAUCCAUCUACUUCAAAGCCUGUAAUGGUCAUGAAGAAUGUCUACCCAAUGAACGUAAUCAAAAGGAAAGUUCCAAUCGUAGCGAGCACCGGAAUCUCCUCGAUGGAUCAGAUAAAAGGUGAGCAGAAGACUGGGCAAGACCAGCAAAAACUGACCAAACCAUGUCGGCUCAUAGAGAAAAAAAGGAGCGACGGAACGAAGUUCUUUUGGCUUGACGCCUCGCCUUCGAGCUCUGGUGAAGAAGAGGGACCGAUAAACACAACGAGCAAUGUUCAAAUUGUCAACAAUCACAAAUCGGGGAUCAAGAGGACGGCGACUUGGGAUCCAUCAACAACUUUAGAGGCUGCAGAAUUUGCAAUGAUACAAACCAGUGCUGGCUUUCGCACCGUGCCGAGUUCAGUGGGAAAAAAAAUUCAUAUGAAAGUUUGUGGGGAUAAAAUAGAAGUGGUCUCUUCCAAGCAGAAAACAUCCACAUCCCCGAGGAAAAUCCUACCUAAACUCAUACCAAAACAGAAAAUUAUCACAAACACACGUAAUUUCAAAGGUGUAAUAAAAACAUUGGACGAGCAUGAAAUUGAAAAUAUAAUGAAUAAAAAUCAUUUGAGUGGUUUUGAUUCUUCAGUUGAACAAGAGUGAGAGCUUACUUUUUAAACAGUAAAUAGUCUCUUCUCUCAUCGAGUCAUCGCAAUUGUAAAUUUAUAAUUAUUGUAAAUUUAAAUUUGUAAAUAACAUUUUGUAAAAAAAUGUACAUAUUUAUAAAUUGUUCUUUAAAAAUUUAAACAAAUUGUACAAGAAUUCUUUUUAUUUCUUCUAGCAAGGUCUUUUUAACGAUUCUUGUAUUUCAAAAUGUUAAUUUUUGAAUUAUAAAAACUAUAUUUAGUUGAUUUUGUAUUUAAACCCCUUAAUUGAUUAGUUUUUUAUUGAACAUAAAUAGCAUCAUUUCACUUGUACUACUUUUUGUAUUCUACUACAUAUUUACAUUAGGAGGAAGGCAAGAUCCAUUUGCGCACUGUAAACCAUUGAUGAUGAUGUACAUUUUUUAAUACAAACAUCUUUGAAUUUUUUUAAAAAUGAUAAGUGCCAAAUUUGUAUUUUGGUAUCCUUUAGUUACCAUUGUAGUAAUAUCAAUUUGUUCAGGGUGAGCAUUAAGUCAAACAUGACAGUUUGUACAUUUUUUAUAAUAUAAAUUUAUCUGAUGAAGCAAGUUUUCAACAGUUGGUAACAAACAUAUAAUAAAAAAAAUUAUGAUA